AUGUUUGAUGGAAAAGGCGCGAUUUUUGGAGUCGCAAUAGUCGCUGCGAAAAUCGCAACAAUUCUCGCGAUUCGCAGGUUAUUCAAGAGGUAAGCGACUUGCGACACGCGAAAAAAAUCGCUGAAAAAUUCCAGCUCCGCAACAAAUUCGCCCAAUCAAUUUCUCUUCACAUUUUUCACAAUUUCCACGAUUUUUCUCUUCGUUUUCGAGAUUUUCCAACACAACAUCCACGAUUUUUUGAUUUAUAUUUGGAUUUGGAAAAUGCCCAAUUUCUGGCUGCUCAUUUUUGCGUUUUUUGUGAUUUUUUUCGUGUUUCUGCGGUUUUUUGUGGUGAAGACUUUGGUGAAAUUCGAGAUUUCGACGAUUUUUUUGGUGGAAAAUGCGAGGAUUUGUUGUCAGGUGAGGAAAAUUAGUUUCUCUGCGUCCUAGUAAUCUCUACAUAAGUGUCUGGCUUCUCUGCGUCUCUAACUUUAUUGGUAUGUCUACGUGUCUAGCUUCUCUGCGUCUCUAACUUUCUAGCUGUAUGGCAUCUCUGGGUCUCUCAUUAAUUUAUGUUCUCUAAUCAACGGUCCUGUUUCUCUGCGUCUCUAACUCCAUAGUAGUCUAUAAAUGCCUGGCCUCUCUGCGUCUCUAACUCUUUAGUGAUCUCUUUGUAUCUAGCUUCUCUGCGUCUCUAACUCUAUAGUGAUCUCUAAGUGUCUAGCUUCUCUGCGUCUCUAACUUUCUAGCCGUCUGGCAUCUCUGGGUCUCUCAAUACUUUAUAAAGAGUAGAAAUCCUCACAACAGUUUCUCUGCGUCUCUAACCUUAUAGAUAUCUUCAAGUGUCUAGCUUCUCUGCGUCUCUAACUUUCUGAGCACAAUAAUUUUUUUUUUGUAAAUCAUGAAGCUCAAAAAAUGAAAUCCACGUGGCUGAAACAUUUUGAAAUUCAAAAUUGUCCGAAAUUUUUUAAGGUUCCAAAAUUUUAAAUGAAAUUUUUUUUUGAUUUUCUAAAAAUCCAAUAGAUCAAGUUUAAGUGCCUAAUAAUCCACGUGGCUAGUUUUCCAAAAAAUUUUUGCAGUUCCACAUCCUCAACUACAUCUACGAAAACAUUGCCGAAAGGGACUUCGUGAAAAUUCCCAGCGAAAAUCGUGUUUUUCUAAUUCUCUCUGUAAUUUUGACAAUUUUCGCGUGUUUUUCAGAUUCUCGAAAGAUUGGCAAGAAAUAA